AGUUUCGGUUUUACCUUUGCACGAAGGAUGGCUGAACCGCCAACCAAAGUUAAAAUAUUAGAAACUCCAGAAGACAUCCGUGAACGCAGAGAGCAAGUUCUGUCGCGUUAUUCUGCAUUUAAAGAAGCAACACAUUACCGCCGUCAUAGGUUGGAAGAGGCCAAAAAAUAUCAGUAUUUUAAGCGUGAUGCCGAUGAACUUGAAUGUUGGAUUAAUGAAAAAUUACAAACCUAUGCAACUGAGGAUUUCAAGGAGCUCAGUAAUCUACAGGCGAAAAAACAAAAGCAUCAGGCUUUUGAAUUGGAAGUAACAGCUCAUGCUGAAACACUCUCAGCUUUGGAUUCUGCUGGUGAAGAAAUGAUAAGCCAGGGUCACUAUGCUACUGAAAUCAUUAAGGUAAUGCUUUUCCUACCAACCCUUGAGUUCUAGAAUCGACUUGAUGAAUUACAUGCCUUGUGGGAAAGGUUGAUGGCUAUGUUCAGAGAGAAAUCGCGCCUGAUUAACCUUACUCUGAAAUUUGUGCAGUUUUUACGUCAGGUCGACGAGCUACUCUUCUGGAUACGUGAGAAAGAGACCUAUGUUACGUCAGAGGAUUUUGGUCAGGACUUGGAACAUGUUGAGGCCCUACAAAAAAAAUUCGAUGAGUUUACAAAGGAUCUUGAGUAUCAGGAGAAUCGUGCAGAGGAUAUCUAUCGGAAGGCAGAUGAUCUACUGAAAGAAGAGUUUCCUGAAGACGCCUUGGUGAUCGAAAAGUCCAGGGAGGUUCGUGAAGCCCUUGAGCGCCUGAAAGAUCUUGCAAAAAGACGACAAGAAAAACUUCUUGAAGCCUAUGAAAUACAGCGCUUCUUCAGAGAUACUGAUAAGGCCAUCUCGUGGGUAAAUGAGAAGUCUGUUCCUCUAUCUAUCGAAGAUUGUGGCCGUGACCUAGCCUCAGUACAAGCGUUACAGAGAAAGCACGAUGCCCUCGAAAGAGAUUUAACUGCUUUAGAUGAGAAGAUUAUACAACUGGGAGAUGACGCUUCGGCGCUUGCGCAGAAACAUCCAGAUUCAAAAGAUACCAUACAAGGUAAAUACGAAGCACUAAUUGCUGCUUGGGAAAAGCUUAAAAGCCAGUCUGUUGAUAGGAGGGGUAAACUGGAAGAGUCGUUCAAAAUGCAUCGUUUUCUUGCCGAUUGGAGAGAUUUAAGUAUUUGGAUGACAGAUAUGAGAACAUUAAUCUCCGCUGAUGACUUGGCAAAAGAUGUGGCUGGUGCUGAAGCUCAGGUAGAGCGUCACAAAGAAUACACUGCCGAAAUAAACUCGCGAAUAGACAAUUUUGACACGUGCCUGCAAGAAGGUCAAGCGUUGAUAAGUGUUGGUCAUCCUUGCAGUGGAGAUAUUGCAGCUAAACUCUCAUCUCUUGAAAGAGAGCGAUCUUCUCUUCUAGAGCUGUGUGAAGAAAGACGUGAGCAGUUAGAACAGUGCAUGGGACUUCAGUAUUUCUAUCGUGAUGCAGAACAGUCAGAGUCCUGGAUUGGUAAACAAGAAGCUCUGUUAGAGAUCCAGGAUGUAGGGGAUUCUUUGGACUCUGUAGAAGCACUCAUCAGGAAACACGAAGAUUUCGAGAAAUCUCUUCUUGCGCAAGAGGAAAAAAUGCGACAGCUUGAUGAAUUUGCAACGAAGUUAAUCGAAACGAAUCACUACGCUGCUGCACAAGUCAGUGAGCUUCAGCAAGCUCUUCAAAACAGGCGGAACGCUUUGAAUGACAAAGCACAAAGUCGCCGUCAGCGUCUUGAAGAUUCUCAUCGUUAUCAAAUGUUUGAUCGGGAUACUGACGAAAUGCAAUCAUGGAUAUCAGAAAAGCUUAAGAGUGCGCUUGAUGAGAGCUACAAAGACUCAACUAAUUUGCAGACCAAAGUACAGAAGCACCAGAACUUCGAGGCAGAGAUACAAGCUAACCAGUCUCGUGUUGAGGAUAUCAAGAAAACAGGCCAGGAUUUGUUAAGUGCAAAUCACUGCAACUCAUCAGAAAUAAAGGCGAAGAUUGAGCAGCUAGACGAAACCUGGUCUCACCUUGUAAAUGCGAUGGGCAACAAGAGGAAGAAUUUAGACCAGGCUAGCCGACAGCAACAGUUUGUUCGUAAUGUUGAAGAUGUUGAGCUGUGGUUAAGUGAUGUUGAGGCUCAAAUAACAUCAGAGGAUGUAGGUCGUGAUCUUAACGGUGUGAUGAAUGCACAAAAGAGGCACAACUUACUUGAAUCUGAUAUAGUUGCUCAUCGUGAGCGUAUAGAUGCCUUCAAAGCUCAGGCUGAUACCUUCGCUGCUGAGGGCCAUUUUGAUGCACCUAUUAUCCAAGAAAAGCAACGCCAACUGUCACAGCGUUACAAUGAUUUACAAAUCCCACUAAAUCAGCGUCGGGAAAAGUUGAGGGAUGCAUACAAACUGCACCAGUUCUUCCGAGACGUGGAGGAUGAGGAAGACUGGAUCAGAGAAAAAGAGCCAGUUGCUGGUUCCACCAAUGUAGGUCGUGAUUUGAUUGGUGUUCAGAACUUGAUUAAAAAGCAUCAAGCUAUAUAUGCUGAAAUAAAUGGUCACUCACCGCGCAUUGAAGAGGUUGUUCAGGAAGGCCAGGAUAUGGUUCGCGCCAACCACUACGCUUCUGGAGAUAUCGAGAGACGUAUACAUGAUUUGAAUGCUGAUUGGGCACAACUUUGUGAAAAAGCCGACCAUCGACGACAGUUGUUGGAGGAUUCAUUACAAGCUCAACAAUACUUUGCAGAUGCAAGUGAAGCAGAAAGCUGGAUGCGAGAGAAAGAACCAUUGGUUGGCUCAUCAGAAUUCGGUCGAGAUGAAGAUUCCACUGAAGCUCUUCUGAAAAAGCAUAAUGCUCUGCUUGCUGACAUUGAAGCGUACGGCUCAACUAUUGAAGCUCUCGGUAUCCAGGCUAGUAGCUGCCGCAUGCAAGAAGCUCCAGCAAGUGAUUUACUUGGUAAAGAUGUCGUAAUGGCUCUUUAUGACUAUCAAGAAAAGUCUCCUAGGGAAGUUUCAAUGCGCAAAGGGGAAAUUUUGACUCUCUUAGCCAGUAACCACAAAGACUGGUGGAAAGUGGAAGUGAAUGAUCGCCAAGGUUUUGUUCCUGCUGCGUAUGUUAAAAAAGUUGAGGCUCCACUCUCAGAUGCUCAGUCGGGAUUGGUGUCUAAGCCACUUACUGUUGCAUCGCAACAGCAGCGUUUGGAAGAGCAGUAUAAUUAUCUACUCCAGUUGGGUCGGGAUCGUCGAGAGCGGCUCCAAGAUUCAGUUGAAGCCUAUCAACUGGUUAGGGAAGCCAACGAUUUGCACCAAUGGGUAGUCGAGAAAGAACUAGUUGCUGUGACGGAGACUAUAGUCCCUGGAAGAUUAGAAGAGGUAGAAUCAGAAAAGAAAAAGGUGGAUGAGUUUGUUAUGGAGCAAAAAGAACGAGAAGCCAGAGUCACAGAACUAUGUGCUAAGGCAGAUAAACUAAAACGAGGUGGUCAAACGGAAGCUGUAGAAAAAAUAGAGGGUAUUAUCAUGCAGCUUCAGAAAAAAUAUGAGCAACUAGAAGAAGUCACUGCUAAAAAAGCUAAGGAACUGGAAGAUAUUGAUGCUGUUCAGCGUUAUCACAGAGAGUGCGACGAAGCCAAAGAAUGGAUUGAAGAAAAAGAAAGUCGAUUGCUAACAGAUGAUGUAGGCAAUGACUUCACAUCUGUUCAGCGUCUAAUACGUAAACAUGAUGCACUAGAAAGAGAUUUAGUGGCACUAGGUGAGAGAGUUAAACAGUUGGAUUCAAAGGCAGCGGAUCUAGUGCAAAUCCAUCCUCAGGAUGCAGAAGCAAUAUGUAAACAUCAAGAAGAGAUUAAUCAUUUGUGGGAUGGAUUGGCUGCAACUGCUGAGAAAAGAAAAGCGAAGCUUUUGGAUUCUCUAGAUCUGCAAAAGUUCUUAGCUGAUGCGAGAGAUCUUCAGUCUUGGAUUAGCACGAUGCAUGGUUUGGUAUCAUCCAAACAAGUGGGGACGUAUGUUACCAGUGCAGAGUCUUUGUUGGAUAGUCACCGCGAAUAUCGUACGGAAAUCGAUACUCGAGCCCCAGCAUUUCAAAACUUUGAAUCAUUUGGUAAGGAAUUGUUAGACAAUGGGCAUUAUGCUUCCGAUGUGGUGCAACAAAAGCUUCAGGAUAUUGCAGAGGCAAGAGAAGCGCUAAAUGUUGCUUGGUUAAACCGUCAUAAGCUACUGGAGCAAAAUCUGGAAGAACAGCUAUUUUUGCGGGAUUGCGAGCAAGCUGAAGAUUGGAUGGCGAUCCGCGAAGCAUCUCUGGCUGGGGAUGACGUUGAUGGGAACAAAGUUGACGCACUGAUAAAGAAGCACGAGGAUUUCAACCGUGCGAUUACUCUUCAAGAAGUCAAGAUUCAGAACUUAAUUGCGAAUUCUGAUAAGCUUUUGGAGGCGGAUCAUUAUGACGCAGAUGGAAUCAAAGCUAAACGUGAUGAAGUUUUGAAUCGUUGGAUGCAUUUAAAAGAUGCUAUGAUCGAUAAUCGAAGCAAACUGGGGGACGUUCAAACACUUCAGGCUUUCAUUCGAGAUGCAGAUGAAAUGGAGCUAUGGAUUAAUGAGAAAAUGCAAUUUACGAUGGAUGAGCCUUACAAAGAUCCUACCACAAAUAUUCAGGCUAAACAUCAAAAGCAUCAGGCUUUUGAAGCAGAACUCGCAGCAAAUGCAGAACGUCUUCAAGGAAUUUUAGCAGCUGGCCAGCGUUUAAAGCAAAAGAAUCAGUGCAUGGGGCAGGAAAGUGCUGUUGAAGAACGUAUCGCUAAAUUGGCUAAUCAGUGGGACAAUCUUGUUAACCGGUCUCAUGAAAAGUCUGAAAAGUUACAAGAGGCCAAUCGUCAGGCUGCAUAUAAUGCUGGAAUUAAGGAUAUCGAAUUCUGGUUAGGUGAGAUGGAAACGUCACUUGUUAGUCCGGAUUAUGGCAGAGAUUCAGCAUCUGUGGACAGUCUAUUGUCAAAACAUCAGGUAUUGAUUACCGAUAUUCAAGCUCAUGAGGAUCGUAUCAAGGAACUUGAUGCUCGUGCAGAUGAGUUCAUCAAGUCUGGUGCGUGGGAUGCUGACAUGGUCCGUGAGCGGAAAAAAAUGAUCAACGAGAGAUAUGAGAAGAUUCGCGCUCUGUCGGAAAAUCGUGCCGUAACCCUUGGCAAAGCGAAGCGCUUGCACGAUUUUUAUCGCAAUAUUGACGAUGAAGAAGCUUGGAUUCGCGAGAAAAAAAUCUUAGUCAGCUCAGAAGAUUAUGGACGUGAUCUUAUAGGUGUAAGAAAUCUACGCAAAAAACAUGAGCGCAUUGAAAACGAAGUAGCAGCUCAUGAUCCGCUUAUCAGACAAGUUAUCUCACAAGGGGAGGAACUCACUGUUGGUAUUCAACUUGCUGAUCCUGAAGAAGUUAGAAAACGAAUGCAGCGUCUACAAACCGCUUGGGAAGAAUUACAAGGUCUUACGGCACUUCGUAGACAAAAACUUGAAGAAUCCUUGGCGUACCAAGAUUUCAUCGAUGGAGUUGAAGAGGAAGAGGCUUGGAUUCUUGAAAAGCAGCAUCUGCUUAGCAGUGAGGAUUAUGGUGAUACUCUUGCAGCUGUUCAAGGUCUCUUGAAGAAACAUGAUGCUUUUGAAACGGAUCUUAAUAUACACAAUGAAAAGUGCAAAGAACUGUGCUCAACUGGAUCUGAGCUUGUACAGUCUGAAAAUCAUAAUCGUUCGGCUAUUCAACAACGAUGUGAUGGACUAGUAGAAAAGUUGAGUGCACUCAACCAGGCUGCUCAACGUCGCAAAACUAAUCUCACGGAUAACUCGGCAUUUUUGCAGUUUAUGUGGAGAACAGAUGUUGUUGAGUCGUGGAUAGCUGAUCGGGAAACUCAAGUGCGUAGUGAUGACUAUGGUCGAGACUUAAGUAGUGUUCAAAUAUUGUUGGCAAAACAUGCUACUUUCGACACAGCAUUGGAAUCUUUUCAUACCGAAGGAAUUCAGACGAUAACUGAGCUUCACGAUCGCCUUAUUGCUGCAGAACACAAUCAAAGUCCAGCAAUUAAACAGCGAUUUACUUCUCUAAUGGAUCGUUGGGAACGUCUACGACGUGAAUCUGCUCGUCGCAAAGCUGAUCUCAUGCAACUUCAAGAACAGUAUCGAAAGGUUGAAGAACUUUAUCUGGCAUUUGCUAAGCGAGCAUCAACGUUUAAUUCUUGGUUUGAGAAUGCAGAGGAAGACUUGACUGAUCCAGUGCGUUGUAAUUCGUUAGAUGAAGUUCAUGCCUUAUGUGAAGCCCAAGAACAAUUCAAAGCAUCUCUAAAAGCUGCUGAAGCUGAUUUUCAGCAACUAGCCCAGUUAGAUCGUGAGAUCAAGAGUUAUGGUGUUGGCAUGAACCCAUAUACUUGGUUCACAAUGGAGUCACUUGUGGAAACAUGGCGUAACCUGCAGAAGAUCAUUCUAGAGAGAGAUGCUGAACUGCGACGUGAAACCGUUCGCCAGGAACAGAACGACCAGCUACGACAACAGUUUGCAGUGGCUGCCAAUUCUUUCCAUCAAUGGCUGCAGAAAGUGCGAACGUCGAUGAUGGAAGGCAGCGGGACUCUUGAAGAGCAGUUGGAAGGUGUCCGUGAAAAAUCAGCUGAAGUUAGAGCGCGAAAAAAUGAUCUGCGAGAGGUUGAAAAACUGGGGACCUUACUUGAAGAACAUCUCAUUCUGGAUAAUCGGUACACGGAACACAGCACAGUUGGUCUGAGUCAAGCCUGGGAUCAGUUGGAUCAGCUUGCAAUGCGAAUGCAGCACAAUUUAGAACAACAGAUUCAGGCCAGAAAUGUUAGUGGUGUCAGUGAAGAGGCACUCCGUGAAUUCUCUAUGAUGUUCAAACACUUUGACAAGGACAAAUCUGGGCGUUUGGAUCACCGUGAAUUUAAAUCAUGUUUACGUGCUCUUGGUCAUGACUUGCACGAAGUUGGGGAAGGUCAAGUGGAUGCUGAAUUCGAAUCUAUAUUAAGUGUGGUAGAUCCUAACCGUGAUGGUUACAUAACCCUUCAAGAAUUCAUGGCAUUUAUGAUAAGCAAAGAAACUGAAAAUGUGCAAUCCCGUGAUGAAGUCGAGGAGGCCUUCCGCGCAUUAACAAAAGAAGGGAAAGAGUACAUUACUAAGGAAGAACUAUAUGCAAAUCUAUCCAAGGAGCAAGCUGAAUAUUGUAGUCGAGUCAUGCCACCAUAUUACACUAAAAGUGGUCAGCCGAUUCUUGAUGCAUACGACUAUCAGGCGUUUACGAGACAACUUUUUGUCAGUUAAUUAUCAAGUUACAUUUCACCGAUUUCUGUGCAACUGUUUUCGUUGGAUAACUUCAUUCUUGGUAGUUCCAUUUUCGCUUCUUCAACAAAUUUUCGCUCGUUUUCGCUUCAUAUUAGUUCUAACUAUUCCUAAUAUUAACUUGUUCACUGAUUUCAUGUUGUGUACCGUAUAUUUAAUUUGUUGGUACCGAAAAUUCUAAAAUAUUUAUCUUGCACUUUCAUUUUGUUGCUAUAUUUUAUAUCUAGCAACAGUUAAAUAAAGCCUUGUGAUCAUACUGAAUAGCUCAUGCAUUGUGAUUGAUUUUCAUUUUCAAUUAUAUUAAAUCUCACAAUAAAUAGCUAGAUAUUAGUCGCUUUUCCUUCCUAAGCUGACUUCGUAAGUCUAAGUCACUGUUAGAUAUCAGAGGUGAUCUUUUUCGUUCACUUAGUGGAAAAAUAUUGUCUUAUUUACAACUAACUGUAACAUGUUGCCAUCUAUGGGUAAGACGUUUUUUACCCUGGUGUAAAUCAUUGCAUUUGAAACGUGUUAUGAGCAAAAAUCCCAGGCAUUCAAGAUUUCUUAGAGAAUCACAUUGGUUGAGAAUUCUGAGCUAUUUCUGUAUGAAGUCUCUGGCUGUUGGUUUGAGUCAUAUGGGGCGAUGCAGACUAAGUGGUUGCGGUCCGCGGGACGAAAGGAACCAGUGGUCGGAGACUGUAGGUGAUAUGGCUGA